GAAUGUCUUCUCCGUGAUCACAAGUUCUGCUUCCGUGACAUCUGGCGACUCUACAUGGCUAUGUGCUCAUCCCACCUUCCCCUUGGUCGUCAAGCAGUAUGCCUUGAACGUUCUCGCGGGCCGGGCAACUCCCGAGCUUGGCCCCGGCUCCGCUUGAUCAGAAGAUAGGUUGCAUGCUGAAACUUCGGUACAUUAUCACUUCUCCUAUGAUGUUACUCAAUGCUUCCGAGUAUCUACCAAUAAAAGGUGUAACAUUGCCCAACCAGUUGCUUCCAGUCUCCUCUUGUGGAAACCCCAACGGCUAUGCGAUUCCUCGCUGUCCUAUCUUCGCUGAUACUCGCGGGUUUGGCCAAGGCCUAUGUGGGCCCUGGUGUAGUGACCGGGGACACUGCUGUCCACGAUCCCACCAUCUGCAAGGACGGGAGCGGCAAAUACUGGCUCUUCUCUACGGGAACGGGCAUCGAGAUCAGGACAUCCACUGACAGGACUGCUUGGACCUAUGUGGGCGUUGUCUGGCCCAACGGCGCUCCGAGUGCCACCAACACGUACACCGGAACCACCAACGGCGCUCUUUGGGCUCCCGAUUGUCAAUACGUGAACAGCAAGUUCCGCCUUUUCUACGCGGCCUCCACUUUCGGCUCGCAGAACUCCGCCAUCUUCUACGCGGAAUCCACCACCGGCGCGCCAGGCUCCUGGACGGAUGAGGGCUUGGUCAUCUCCACGAGCUCGAGCUCCAACUACAAUGCCAUCGACCCGAACCUCUUCAUCUCCACCGGCGGCUCGUGGUACCUCUCCCUAGGCUCCUUCUGGACCGGUAUCAAGCUCGUUCAGAUCGACUCCACUGGCGCGCUCGAGUCCUCUACCAUCACGUCCAUCGCCGAGCGGACUGCUAACGGCGGAGCUAUCGAGGCAUCCGUUAUCUAUCAGUACGGCUCGUACUUCUAUCUCUUCACGAGUUGGGAUAAGUGCUGCGACGGCACGUCCAGCACUUACAACAUCCGUGUUGGCCGCUCGACGUCCGUCUCGGGCACGUACACGGACGCCAGCGGUGUUUCUUUGCUCUCUGGAGGCGGCACGCUCGUCCUUGAGACGCACGACUCGAUCUACGGUCCUGGUGGUCAAGACGUCUUCACAGACACCGAUGGUCCUAUUAUGGUCUACCACUACUACACGUCCACUGGCAGCUGGCUCGGCAUCAACAAACUCGACUUCAGCUCCGGUUGGCCAGUGGUUGUGUAAGCAGCCGACGUUAUCGACGUUGCCGGUGAUCAAAAAUUGCCCUAUUACGGCACUUGGUCCAUCGUUUGCGUUUGAAACAUACGUGUUCGAAAACCAUGAGCGUCGCAAAUUCAGAUAGCGAUCUGCAUUCUCGAAGGCAUCGUUGCUAUUAGAGAGUCCUUGAUGGGUAUAUAUGAUGUUACAGGUAAAAUAGAAGCAUCCGAAGUCGUCGGCGCAGGGUCGUAAACGCUGAACAUAAACGGGGAUGUUCAGCCAUGACGGCCGAGGCGGUUUGAGCUCUUGCUGAGGGCUUUCGUCUGCUCGGACUUCCGCUGAGCGCGUCGUGCCUCUUCCUCAGCCUCUUUCUCGAGGUUCUUUACCUGCUGUUUGGCUUCUCGCACGGAAGCACGGGCAGCCAUCAGAGCCUUAUCGGCCUCUCGUUCAGCAGCCUCCGCAUCGGAGACCUUCUGGCGAGCGGCGUUUAUGGAUGGAUCACCGUUACGACCCAGAAGACGGCUGCCAGUAGAACUACGAGAGGGCGACUCGGGCGAGUUCGAGCGUUUGCGGCCGAAAAAGCCGCUCUUCU